AUGGGCACGGCGACGGGGCUUGAGUUGGGGGAAGCAGCCACAACAGCGCUUACUUCUAGAUAUGAGCAGCACCUGCUGCUGCCGCAGUGGGCGUCCGCAGGCGCACGAGCUGUACCAGCGGUGGUUGUGACGGGAUUCCUGGGGUCAGGUAAAACCACCCUGGUGCAGCAUUUGCUGGAUGCGGGGGGCGGCCUGCGCAUCGGCGUGCUGGUGAACGAGGCUGGGCACGUGGACGUCGACAGCGCCCUGCUCAACGCGCGGCAGCGCAACGCAGCGGUGGGCGUGCGGCCCGCGGACCUGUCGGGCGGCUGCGCGUGCUGCGCCGUGUCUGGGGCGUUCGGCGACGCGCUGGCGGCGCUGGUGGGCGGCCGCGCCUACCAGGAGCUCGACCUGCUGUUUGCUGUUGCCAGCGUGAACGCGCUGCGCUCUGACAGGGGCGUUGUUGCCCCUUGGGGCUGCGUGUCGACAGGACUGUCGGCGCUGCUCGUUGCUGCCGCUGGCCGCCUGGACUCGCUGCCGCCUUAUGUCAGUGUCGCGGGGUCUCAGGGGCUGCACCAGCACACCAGGCGCCCAGCCAAGUGCCACGCGCAGCCGACUGCAGACGUCACUCUGGUGGAGACCUCUGGCGCCGCCGACGCGGGGGCGCUGGCUUCCGCCCUGGCCGGGGGCGGGUUCCUGCUGGACUCGGUCAUGUGCGUGGUGGACGCAGAGGCGGGGGCCGAGAUGCUGCGGGCGGCGGAAGCUGAAGAGGCACCCGGCGGCGGAGGAGGAGGAGGCGGGGUGGGCGGCGUGGCGCUGGCCCAGCUGCGGGCGGCAGACCUCGUAGUCAUCAACAAGGUCGAUCUGGCCACCCUGGGGCAGAUCUCAGAUCUUGAGGACGCGCUCCGCCGCAUCAACCCCUCCGCGCGGCUCAUGCGCUGCCGCUUUGGCCAGGUGCCCCCAGAAACGGCCCUCGGCGCUGCCGACGCGCCGUGCGGCGGCGCCGCGCCUGGCGCGGCGGCGGGGGCGGUGGACGGCGGCAUGGCGGCGCCGGAGGCGGCGGCGCCGGGCGGGGGCGCAGGCGACGAUGCCACAGUUGGCGGGGGCGGGGAGGGGUUCCUGUCGCACGAGGGGCUGGUCGCUCGGCCGACGCCCCGCACGGGCGCCGGCGCGCGGCCGCGGCCGCGGCUGCUGCGGCAGCAGCAGGGCGAGCGGGCCGGCAACGGCGGCAACGGCAGCUCUGACCACGCCGAUAGGCAGCGAGGCGCCGCGCCGGCGCACGCGGUGGCGUUUGAGAGCGUGUCGGUGGUGCUGGAGGAGGCGCCGCUCUGCAUGGCGUGCUUCCAAGCCUGGGUGGCCGAGCGGCUGCUGCGCACGCCGGGCCUGCUCCGCGCCAAGGGCGUCGUCUGGCUGAGUCAGCGCCGCCGCGCGCGCUACGUCUUCCACCUCUCGGGGCGCGCGCGUGCGGAGUGCCGCGCUGAGGGGCCGUGGCAGGGGCCGCCGGCGACGCGGCUGGUGUUGAUCGGGCAGUCUGACGCGGCGGCGGCGGCGGCGACGAUGCCGGCGUUGCCGGGAGGUGCUGGCAAGGAGAGUGAUACGACCUCGCGGGGCGAGGAUGAUUCAGGGUUGGUGGAGUUCUCGGCUGAGGGGGUGCCCUUGCAUGGCGUGGUCGCCGACCUGGUCAACGCCCAGGUCCUGCGCGCCGCCGGCGCGGCCGCGGCCGCCCGUGCCCCCGGCGCGCGCUUCCUCUGCGCGUCUGGCGGCGCCGCGCCGCUGUCGUCCCUCACCGGCCUUGCCGGGGCCGAGCGGCCGGCGGCGGCGCUGCAGGUGGCGUUCCGGCCGUGGGAGGGGGCGCCCGCCGGCGCGGCGGCGUGGGAGGCGCUGGCCGGUGGCGCUGGCGCGGGCGCGGUGCUGCGGCGGGCGUACGCACAUGUGACGAGCUGCAAAUGCGACGUGGUCGCGGAGAUGCGGCUGCGGAAAAACUAA